CAUAAGGAUUAGUGUUGCUGUGAGUGUCUGCUCAAAGGGAAGAAGCCAGAGGACAGAAAGAGAUAAAAAAAUUUAUCUAAGAAAAGGAUAGCCUUGCUGUAGUGGGUAAGUGCUCUGAUUCACCUUUACACAGCCUCUACAUCUCAUCACAGUCGCACCAAGCUUAGGCACUGCUGAGCCUUCACCUGGGGGAGGACAGAUAAGGGACUAUAUAGCCUGGACCUCCACACGGGGAGCCAUGUGAGCGACACCUUUCCACCGACUUCACACUACAGAACUCCCCCAGCUGUCUGCAGUCUGUUCUGGGGAGCACAACCAGGAUUUCCCUUCUUCUCUCUGGAACGUCUACAUUCAGGGUUUGUGUGGAGGGACUCUCCAGGCUCGGUGUACCUCAGCUGAGGACACUCAUCUCAGGUUCGGGCUGUGAGUGCCCCCUGGUCUGGAGACCAGUCAGCAGCACUCCAGCACCAUGGAUUACCUGCUUGGGAUUGUAGUGCUGCUGUGCGGGGCGGUGCAGCCGGGAAGAGGAGUUGAGCCCAAGCACAACGUCCCCAGACUAAGGCUGUCAUACAAGGAGAUGUUAGAGUCCAGUAACCUCAUCACCUUCAAUGGCUUGGCCAAUAGUUCUAGCUAUGACACUUUUCUAUUGGAUGAAGAGCGAGGGAGGCUGCUGGUCGGAGCAGAGGACCACAUCUUCUCCUUUGACCUUGUCAAUAUCAACAGAGACAACAAACAGAUUGCCUGGCCCGCCACUCCUUCCAAGAGGGAUGAAUGCAAGUGGGCAGGAAAAGACCUCGGUAAAGAGUGCUCCAACUUCAUUCGGGUUCUUCAAUCAUACAACCAGACCCAUCUGUACAUCUGUGGCACAGGAGCCUUCCACCCCAUCUGCGCUUAUCUGGAAAUGGGCAAGCGGGCAGAGGACAACAUCUUUCGACUGGCUCCACAAUUUGAGAACGGCCGUGGGAAAAGCCCCUAUGAUCCCAAAAUGCUCUCAGCCUCACUUCUGAUUGAUGGAGAGCUGUACUCUGGCACAUCUGCUGAUUUCAUGGGAAGGGACUUUGCUAUUUUUCGUACACUGGGGGAUCACCAUCCAAUCAGAACGGAGCAACAUGAUUCAAGAUGGCUGAAUGACCCCAGGUUCAUCAGUGUACACUUGAUCCCCGAGAGUGACAACCCUGAGGACGACAAGAUUUUCCUGUUUUUUAAAGAGAACGCUAUGGAUGGAGAGCACACCGGGAAGGCUACUAUUGCCAGGAUAGGACAACUGUGUAAGAAUGACAUGGGAGGUCACAGGAGCCUCGUAAACAAGUGGACCACCUUCCUCAAGGCGCGUCUCAUGUGUUCAGUACCUGGGGUCAAUGGCAUUGACACACACUUUGAUGAACUACAGGAUGUGUUUCUCAUGAGCUCCAAGGAUCCAAAGAAUCCAGUUAUUUAUGCUGUAUUCACCACAUCCAGUAACAUAUUCAAAGGCUCAGCAGUGUGUAUGUAUAACAUGGCAGACAUAAGGAGGGUUUUCCUGGGUCCCUACGCCCACAGAGAUGGACCCAACUACCAGUGGGUGCCUUUCCAAGGGCGGGUACCCUACCCUCGCCCUGGCACUUGCCCCAGCAAGACAUUUGGUGGUUUUGACUCCACCAAGGACCUUCCUGAUGAUGUCAUCACCUUUGCUCGAGGUCACCCUGCCAUGUACAACCCAGUGCACCCAAUAGGUGGACGGCCGAUCAUGGUACGGACCGAUGUGGACUACCAGUUUUCCCAACUGGUGGUGGAUAGAGUGGAAGCAGAGGACGGGCAGUAUGAUGUCAUGUUCAUUGGCACAGAUGUGGGAACAGUGCUGAAGGUGGUGACAAUCCCCAGAGAGAGCUGGCAUGACCUAGAGGAGGUUGUGCUGGAAGAAAUGACUGUCUUUAGGGAGCCUACUCCCAUAACUGCCAUGGAGCUGUCCACCAAGCAGCAACAGCUGUACCUUGGCUCAGCCCUGGGUGUAUCACAGAUGUCUCUACACCGUUGCGAGGUGUAUGGAAAAGCUUGUGCCGAGUGCUGCCUGGCCAGAGACCCUUAUUGUGCCUGGGACGGUGCUGAGUGUUCCAGAUACUUUCCUACUGCUAAGAGGAGAACUAGGCGACAAGACAUCAGAAACGGGGAUCCUCUUUCCCAGUGCUCAGACCUUCAGCAUCACGACGACAUUGACGGCUUAGGAGGCAGCGUGGAGGACAGGAGUGUGUUUGGGGUGGAGAACAGCAGUAUGUUUCUGGAGUGCAGCCCCAAAUCUCAGAGAGCGCUCAUCUACUGGCAGCUGCAGAAGCCCAGCGAUGAUCGCAAGCAAGAGAUCAAGAUGGACGACAGGGUGCUCCGUACAGACCAGGGUCUGCUGAUCCGCAGCCUGACUCAGUCUGACUCAGGCAUCUACCAUUGUCAGGCCGUCGAACAUGGCUUCAUUCAGCCCCUGCUGCGCCUUAGCCUUCAGGUCAUUCCCACCCAGAAACUGGGUGAAAUUCUACCAGGACUUCCUGCUGCAGGAGGUGGCUUAGGUCACUCAGCCAAACACAGGGUGUGGUACAGAGAUUUCCUGUCUCUUUUAGACCACCCAGAGCUGAACAGCGUAGAGGAAUUUUGCGACAAAGUUUGGAAGAAAGAACGAAAACAGAAGAAGAUGAAGACUCCAAGCGGUCAGAGCAAAUCGGACAGCACCAGUGGCUCCAACUCUGCAUUGCGGCCUAAAGCUUUGGCCCCCACUGCUCAGAAGCAGCAGGCUAGUCCACCCCAAAGCAGGCCGUGGCUUCAGAGUGGCGCUCCAACAGUCGAAGGGUCAACACGGAACCAGAAUUCCCAAAGAGGUCAACCAAAUCUGGGUAUGCUGAGUGGCCAAGCCCCUAAGAUCAAUCAGAAGGCACAAAAUGGCCAGAAGUCGCAGGGCGGGCUGGCCGCUCCUCAGGUUGCAGGGGGAUCUCGAGCAAACAGCCAGCAUACAGCCAAGUGGAGACGGCUGCAGGAAAAUAAGAAGGGACGCAACAGGAGGACCCACGAGCUCCAAAGACCCCCACGAAGCGUUUGAGAAACGGCACAGAGAUGCACACAUUCAGUCCUAUCUAAACACACAUAAGCACAAAGCCAUGCAUUCACAUAAACACAUUCUGUAAGUUGUGAAUCCAGUGACCUCUUCAUAGCAGCAGCCAGAACAAAAACCAUCCAGCACAGUUUUUAGAUGGACUACACACAUGUAACUUAAUAAAACUCAUUAAGAGACACGAGCAUAAAUGCACAUAACCUGUGAAAAAGACAAGGAUGAUCAGAGGACUGGAAAACUGGAAUGCAAACUGUAAAUGUGAGAGGAUGUGACUGGUUGCCUUGGACACUGCCUGGCAGAUACUUAAACCUCCUCCUGUACAUAAGCUACUAAAAUGAGACUGGGACGGUAACGGUUAGUGAAGCAUUUGUCUGCAAAGCAAAAGCAAAUGGACUAAUGUGCUAAGAGGACGGUCUUGGGGACAUUAAUCUAUUCCCAGACAUUUACAGAAGCAUAAUAAAUGCAUUCACUGCAUCCUGCUGCCCUCUUUGACCUGAGCAUGUGAACUAGCCUAAAUGGAAAUGGAUAAAAAGCUCACAGCUUUUUGAAGAACUUUUAGAGGACAAAAGGUCAUCUCAUCUUUUAAGACGAACAACAACAAACGGCGCCCUUAAAGGGGGAGAGAGAAGGGUUGCAAUUCACCUCGACGUGUGCACGGCUUGCAUCAGUUGCUGUCAUGUUGUUUUGAAACAAACAGGAGCACUUUUACAUGGAAAAAAAGAAAGAAAAAAAAAACCUGAAAAGUUGUGCCACUGUGCAGACUGAGUGCUCCAAUCGUAACCUUCUCCACUGAGG